AUGCAUCAAUUCGCGGUUCACACGUUCCGCCGCUCCGCCGACCGUUGGAUGCCGCUCAAGCUCGUCUUCUGCCACGCCAACGCUGACGUGUGCCAGCAGUGGUCGGACCGCAUCCUCUCGCUGCUGCGCGCCGACCCGGAGCGCCCUAGGAGCCUCUUAGUGUUCGUGAACCCUAUUGGCGGGCGGAAGAAGGGAUUAAAGACAUGGGAGGCGGUUCGACCCGUGUUCGAUCGCGCAGGAGUCGCCGUGCAGGUGGUGGUAACUAGCCGUCGCAACCACGCGCGCGACAUGCUGCAGAACGCGUCGGACAAGGAGCUCUGCCAGCUCGACGGGAUCAUCGUCGUGGGCGGCGACGGGCUGUUCAACGAGGCGCUCAACGGGCUCGCGAGGCGGCGCCAUCGCGCCUUUCCGUGCGUGCGCCCCGCGCGCUUGCGCCUCCCGCCGCCCUCCACCGCCCCAUGCGGUGCUGGCAGAAGCGGGAGCGAGAGGGGAAGGAUUAGGAGCGCAGGGAAGGAGGACUGUGGAUCAGAGUUGGCUAGGUCGGUCAAGGACAACGGUACAGACACAGGGGGUUUAAGAUUAGGAGGUGGAUUGGGAAUAGGAGGCGGUUUGGGAGCCGAUUCGGGGUCAGGAGGCGAUUUGGAGCAGCUGCCAGCGUGGCAGGGCGCCACGACAGCAGAGAAAGAAGAAGAGGAGAGGGAGGAGGAGGAGGAGGAGGAGGAGGAGGAGGAAGAGGGGGGAGAGGAGAAUGCAGCGCAGGAGCGUGUAGUUGUUUCAGAUGGCGACACUGCUUAUGCUGAUGAUGUUGGCGCUGCUGGUGGUGCAGGUGUUGGCCCCGCAGGUUCGGACCGAGCCUGCGCUCCAGGUUUGGUGAGGAAGCUGACGCUCGGCAGGUUUUGCAGGCAGGAGAGCGAGUUGGAGGCGGCAGGUGCAGUGAACCUGGACAUGGGCAGCGCAGGGCAACCAUGUGAAGGAAAAAAGAGAGGAGACGGGAAGGAGAGCGGAGAGGAGAGAGGAGGGGAGGACGAGGAGGAGGAGGAGGAGGGGGAGGAGGGAGGAAGGGAGGGGAGGAAGCGAGUGGGGAGCAAGGGGUGGUUGGCUGCUGCGGGGUUGAAUUUGAACAACUGGCGACGCAAUAAUGACAAGGGCACACACACAUUCGGGCAAACCGGCGGGGGGCAUGCUGACGUGGACGGCGAUGAUUCGCCGAGAGGAGGCGGCAGGGGUUUGGACAUCCCUGCAGGGUUAAAUACUCCUGGUUUAGAGACUCCUGGUGUCUUUAAUUUCCAUGAUGGCCUUAAUACCCCUGCUGGAUUAAAUACUCCUGCCGGGUAUGGGUAUGACACUCCUAAAGGCUACUAUGCGACUCCUAAAGCCGGAUCGUACUAUGAGACUCCUAAGCCUGGUAGUGGCGGCUCGGAUGGGUAUUAUUUCCCGACUCCCAAGGAGGGGGGCGGCGGGGCGAAGGGGUUUUACGAGACGCCCAAGGCGCAGCAGGCUCGGCGCAGCUUCGGUCGAAGCAGUUUUGGUCCGGGGGUCAGGAAUGCAACGUUUUUGAGUGACUGGGGGACGGUGCGCGAGGGGGAAGAGGGGGAGGAGGAGGAAGGUGGGGAAGGGGAGGAGAGGGCAGGAGUGGGGGAGUGGGGAAGGGGAGUGGAUGAGUGGAGGGAGGGAGGAUUUGGGGAGGAUGGCGGAGUGGGGUUGUGUCUGCCUAGGAGGCUGAGGAUUGGGAUUAUUCCUGCUGGGUCGACUGACUGCAUUGCCAUGAGCCUCAUUGGUUCGCGUGACCCUGCCACGUCAGCACUGAACGUUGUGAUUGGCCGACGCACUCCCAUGGAUGUUGUGCGGGUUGGCGCUGACUCAGCAGCCGAAGUUGCUGAGUCAGCACAACCGGCAAAAGCAGAGGAAAGAGGAGGAGACUCAGGAGGAUGGGUGGAGAGAAGAGAGAUAAAUGGAGCAAGGGAAGGAGUAGCGGAAGCUUCCAGGAAGGAGGAAGAGCAGCAGCAGAUGGAGUGUGAUGUUCGAUACGCUGCAUCAUUCUUCGGGUACGGAUUCUAUGGCGCGGUGACAAAGGAGAGUGAGACGCUGAGGUGGAUGGGACCUGCCAGAUACGACUAUGCAGGGUUUAUGACGUACAUGCGCCACAGGUCAUACGAAGCAGAGGUUUCAUUCGCCCACGUGCCUGAGCCAGACCGACUCUCCAUGCACACAAGAGGGUCGUACGAAGCAGAGGUGUCAUUCUUCCACGUGCCUGAGCCAGACCUACCGUCCAUGCACAGAAAAAGCCCCACGACCCGUGCAGAAAUCUGCACCGCUGGAUGCUCGGUAUGCGCCAACGGCCAGGAUCUCUCGCUGCUGACGCGAUCUGCCCUGGGAUUCGAGGCCAGAGGCCCAUCGCAGUCAGCUGUGGGUCUGGCCUCCCUUCUCACCCCUCUCAACCGCACUACUGGUGAUUCUGCUGCUGUGGAUGCUGCUCCUGAUGCCGCUGCUGUUUCGCCUUCCUAUCACCCUCCUCCCGCCGCUCCUGAUGCUGCUGCUGCUACAGCCACAGAAGCUGAUAAGCACAGGCUCUUCUCACCUCCUCCCCUAGAAGCUGCUGAUGCUGACGUGGCAGCGGCGGAUUCGCCGCAGCCGCUGACCUGGGACGAGGCGACGCCAGGCUGGCGCACCGUGAGAGGCCGGUUUCACAGCGUGGGCGGCGCGGUGAUCUCUUGCCGCAAUGACAAGGCGCCAGAUGGCGUCGCGGCACACGCCCACCUGGCGGAUGGGAAUCUCAACCUCAUCAUGAUCCGCGAGUGCUCACCGUUCACAUUCAAGGCCAUGGGGGCACAGCGCUUUUCGAAUGUGGAUGACCAACUGGUGGAGGCGAGUGAGCUGUUGGUCCAGACCCCAGCGUUCACAUUCAAGGCCAUGGGGGAGCAGGGCUUUUGGAAUGUGGAUGGUGAACUGGUGGAGGCGAGUGAGCUGUCAGCCCAGGUGUUCCGAGGGAUGGUGGACAUGUUUGGCAGUGGACCGGAUGUGUGA